AUCAAAAUUUGAGAGAGAAAUCAAAUGGAAGUAGAAAUGCAUGGUGAUGUCUCCAAAUGGGAAGGCUACGCUGACUGGAGAAACAAAGCCGCCUUGAGAGGCCGUCACGGCGGAAUGCUCGCCGCCUCCUUCGUCUUGGCGGUGGAGAUAUUGGAGAAUCUAGCGUUUUUAGCGAACGCAAGCAACUUGGUGUUGUAUCUCAAGAACUUCAUGCACAUGUCUCUAGCCAGAUCGUCGAGUGAAGUGACCACUUUCAUGGCCACAGCCUUCCUUCUCGCUCUCCUCGGUGGCUUCCUUGCUGACGCCUUCUUCUCCACAUUCGUCAUUUUCCUCAUCUCCGCCUCCAUCGAGUUUCUGGGACUUAUCCUGCUCACAAUCCAAGCCCGGCGUCCGUCCUUAAUGCCGCCGCCAUGCAAGAGCUCUGCCGCAUUGCGAUGCGAGGUCGUUGGUGGUUCGAAGGCGGCGUUUCUGUUUGUGGGACUAUAUCUAGUGUCUCUAGGAAUCGGAGGGAUAAAAGGGUCAUUACCGUCACACGGAGCAGAGCAAUUCGACGAGGGCACGCCCAAAGGUCGAAAACAAAGAUCCACAUUCUUCAACUACUAUGUGUUCUGUCUCUCAUGUGGAGCACUUGUGGCCGUGACGUUCGUUGUCUGGAUCGAGGACAACAAAGGCUGGGAGUGGGGAUUUGGAGUCUCCACCAUCUCUAUAUUUCUCUCCAUUCUUGUCUUUCUAUUAGGUUCGAGGUUUUAUAAAAACAAAAUCCCUCGUGGUAGUCCUCUUACCACAAUCUUUAAGGUUCUUCUCGCAGCUUCCAUAGUUAGUUGCUCGAGUAAAACUUCGAGUAAUCACUUUACUUCCAGAGAAGUUCAAUCAGAACAUGAAGAAAAGACGCCUUCUCAGUCACUUACCAAUAGCUUGACAUGUCUAAACAAAGCAAUAGAGGGGAAAACACACCAUAUUUGGCUCGAAUGCACGGUCCAACAAGUAGAAGACGUGAAGAUUGUGCUAAAAAUGCUUCCAAUAUUUGGUUGCACCAUAAUGCUCAAUUGCUGCUUAGCUCAGCUUUCUACUUACUCUGUCCACCAAGCUGCAACGAUGAACAGAAAGAUCGUUAACUUCAAUGUUCCUUCAGCUUCUUUACCGGUUUUUCCGGUUGUUUUCAUGCUGAUUCUUGCUCCAACCUAUGACCAUCUGAUUAUCCCAUUCGCAAGAAAAGUAACCAAAUCCGAAAUUGGUAUCACUCAUUUGCAAAGAAUCGGUGUAGGCUUAGUCCUUUCGAUAGUAGCAAUGGCAGUGGCUGCUUUAGUCGAGUUAAAGCGGAAGCAAGUGGCUAGAGAAGCUGGAUUACUUGACUCUGAAGAAACUUUACCAAUCACUUUUCUGUGGAUUGCUCUUCAGUAUCUGUUUCUAGGAUCAGCUGAUCUGUUCACACUAGCUGGAUUGCUAGAGUUUUUCUUCACAGAAGCACCUUCUUCUAUGAGAUCAUUGGCUACAUCGCUCUCAUGGGCUUCUUUGGCAUUAGGGUAUUAUCUAAGCUCGGUGAUGGUGCCGAUAGUGAACAGAGUAACUAAGAGUGCUGGACAAAGCCCAUGGCUUGGAGAAAAACUUAACCGUAACAGACUAGACUUGUUUUAUUGGCUCAUGUGUGUCCUAAGUGUUGUUAACUUCUUGCACUAUCUCUUCUGGGCAAAGCGUUACAAGUAUAUCUCAACUGGUUCAAUAAGUUGAUAUGAUAUACAUAACCUCUUUAAUAGAUAGAAUAAACAAUCAAUAGAGAAAGAAGAUUAGUGAUGUCGACUUUGGAGAAAGAACGCCAAUAAUACCAUGAAAAGUUCAUAAAUUUCUUAAUUUCCUGUUAUUAUCAAGUGAAAUUUUUAAAACUUAUUUUCAACAAGAGAUAGAAAGUGAAAUAAUAUCAUAUCAUAUUU